AUGGAUAAUCAUCGUUUGCGUGCUAUUAUAUUGAAAUUACAAGAUCGUCUUAGUAAUGAUGAUCGAAAACGUUUACACUUCUAUCUUGGCAAUGAUGUACCACGACGAAUAAGAGAUGAUCCAACACUUAGUGGAACACUUAGCCUUAUGGAUUCUCUUUUUGAUCAAGAUAAAGUGAAUGAAAAAGAUUUUAGUUUUCUAAUAAAUGCAUUUGAUGAAAUUCAAUGUAUUGAUGCUGUGAAAUUAUUAAGAGAAUAUUGGAGACACAAUCAAUCAGAUGCACAACAUCAAUCAGUUGAAAGUUUAUCGAUGAUAUUGCCACCAAUGAUAAAUCAACUUCUUGGAGAUCAAGAUGACGAUAAAUAUCCUAUGCAACAGCUUCUUGUUAAUCAGAAAAAUACUUGUGGUAAUAACAAUAUAAUGAUCAAUAGUAAUAACACAAAUAUUAAUCAAAUACCAAUAAUGAACUGUGAUGAAAAACCACAGCAUCCAGAAUUCAAAAAGAAACAAUUAUUAAAAUCUAGAAAGAUACUGUGGAAAUGUUUAUUACUAUUUGUGUUAUUAUCGAUUGUUGGAUAUGGAAUAUUAAUAUUUUUUUGUAUUCAACGCUUCGAAACAUUGAAUAAUAAAUCCGUUGCACGAAUUCAACUGUUGGAAACAUCAAAUAAUCAAUCUAUUCAAGCAAUUCAACAGUUAAAGCAGAAAAUGGAACAACUCAAAAAAUCACGACCAACAUUCAACAAAUGGAAACAAAAUGCCAUCACCGUAGCUGGUGGAAAUGGAGAAGGACAAAAAUUAGAUCAACUCAAUGGCCCUGGAGGGAUAUUUAUCGAUAGAAAUAGAAAUCUUUUUAUUGCUGAUGGUUGGUUAAAUCAUCGUAUUGUUAAAUGGGAAUAUGAUGCAAAGGAAGGACAAAUCGUUGCAGGUGGACAUGACAGAGGAAAUGGAAUGAAUCAAUUGAAUCGACCAACUGAUGUAAUUGUUGAUCAACAGAAUCAUUCGAUCAUCAUUGCUGAUUAUAAGAACAGACGAGUGAUUCAAUGGUUAAAUCAAAAGCAACAAAUUCUCAUCGAUGAUAUUGACUGUUAUGGCUUGGCAAUGAAUAAAAAUGGAUUUCUUUAUGUUUCUGAUCGUGAAAAUAAUGCAGUAAGACGAUGGAAAAUGGGAGAAUAUAACAAUGAAGGAGGUGUAGUGGCAGGUGGAAACGGACAAGGAAGUGAACGCAAUCAACUCAAUAAUCCUGGUUUUAUUUUUGUUGAUGAUGAUCAAUCUGUUUAUGUAGCAGAUAUAGGUAAUCAUCGUGUGAUGAAAUGGAGAAAAGAUGCAAAAGAAGGACUAGUUGUGGCUGGAGGAAAUAGUCAAGGAAGAAAUCUCAGUCAAUUGUCUUCACCUUAUGGAGUAAUUGUUGAUAAUUUGGAUCAAAUCUAUGUGGCAGAUUUUGGGAAUGAUCGAAUAAUGCGUUGGUGUGAAGGAAAAAGUGAAGGUGAAAUUGUUGUUGGUGGAAAUGGUACAGGAAAUGAACCAAAGCAAUUGAAUCAACCCAAGGGUUUAUCGUUUGAUGAUGAAGGAAAUCUUUAUGUAGUUGAUUUGGGAAAUAAUCGAAUUGUAAAAUUUGAAAUAAUUUUAUAA